AAUCAGAUUUUCAACCAUUAUCUGGUUCUCGAGAAAUUAUGAAUCUUCAGAAAUUAGAAGUCACUCUAUCUGAUCUUAACCAUGGGAUCCCAUAUUACAUUCGAGUCGCGGCUGGAAAUUCUAAAGGGUAUAGCCCAUAUUCAACACCAGAGCAACCAAGUGCAACACCUUCAAGCUGGAUGGACGUAAAUGGCAAAAAGUCUCGCUCUCAUGGUCGUCUAUGUGAGUUAGAUAGCGUAUUUCAUCAGAUCAUAUUUACUAGAGAACCUGGCUCUCCUGAAAUCACAGACAUUCCUUUUGGAAAUGUUCUAGGAACACCCCGACAACAGAGAAAGCAAAGUAGAAUGAGCAUCAGAAAUCUUUUUACUCCAACACCCAAGUUUCAAAAAUAUCUCGAGCGGGGAGUUUACUUGGCCUGCUUAAUUUAUACUGAUCACAGACUCUUAGUAACAGCAGAAGAUACUUUGCCGAUUAUGGAAGUAGAUGAAAAUUGUCCUAGCUGCUUGAACAGUGACUUCCAUUGGCUGAUGAAAGUAGCUUGCACUUGGGAAGAUACGAGAGCUCUUCGACUCGAAAUGGAAAAGACUCAAAGUUCAUCCUCUUUUCAUUUUCGAAGCAAACUUCUACAAGCUGCGGAAAUGAUGCAGGCUGCUCUCGGCAUUCAAGAUCUAGGUCAGUUCUACUGUAAACCCAUCAAAAAUAUGGAUGACACAACAGUACUGUGUACAGUGAAAUAUAUUCCAGACUCGAAGAACUUCAAUACGAUGUCUUUGCGUUGGGUACCCGUAACAAAGCUUCAAAGGAAACUGAGCGUAAACGUCUUACCCAUUCAAGAUUUCUACACUACAAACAGUAAAUUACUUUCAACAACGCAAGCGAUGAUGACGUAUAAUCACGUCAGUAAGAUUCCAUUAUCCAGAGGAUUGUACGUAGCCUAUGUGAAAAUUAGCAGUUCUGUAGAUCUCAUACGAAUUUUGGUUCCUAAAAAAGCACCCAAUAUUUUGCCUUAUUAUAAAGUUCGUGAUAAUCCACACGUAUCUUCAGAAGAGUGGAUAUGGCUGAAAUCGAAGGCAACAAAUGGUAUAAGAGAUCUUACGCUUCGACAGUUGAAAUUCCAAAAAGUCUUAUCUUCAGCAGUGCGAAAUUUAUUGAAAAUUCUGGAUGUGCCUUCCGAUCAAACAGACGAUCACAGAUUGUUCGACAACGAAGUUAUCGAAUUGAACUCCGACGUAUCUCUUUUGCUUUUACUGCCUCCUGUUAAUUCCGUAUGCGCGGCUCCUGGGCAAAAGGACUGCAUUACAGAAAGAAAAGACUGCGUACUUUUGCCUCUUCAGAUAUUUGAAAUAAUUCAUAUGAGUACUUAUCAACCUAAAUUCAUAUCAAGGUAUUCCCGUGUUUCGUCACUGUUGGAAAUAAAUACAACCAAUGCCCAGCACGUCCUUCGAGAAGCGUUUUCCGUGACAGAAGUAGCCUCUGCAAAAUCUAGAUUAAAACAACUGCAGCAGUUUCAAACUCAAGUGGACACUACUUGGAGAUCCAUGAGAUGGCUAAUGGAUGUGCUCAAUUUCGCUCGCGAUAGAAAUACCUCUGGUGGAAUUUUACUUAGCAACUUUGUGAACGAGAAACCAGAUUCACCAAGCACGGAAUCUCCUGUUCAUUCUCCUAAACAUUUUCUAUCAACAUACAGUCUCCAAGAACAAGCAACCUUUCCACAAACUGACAACCCUUAUCCAGCACAUUUUAACUAUAGUACCAAUUAUCUGCCAUGUUCUUCAUCUGCAUAUUUCCCCAGAAAUUCUGCAGAUUCCCCUGAUAUGAGCGCAUUCGCGAUGCAACGUUGCUCAUCAAUAUCGAAAUUAACAGUGAUUAGCGAAUCAAGCAAAACGUUCCCAUCGAACUCACCUCAAUCAUUUCAGCCUUCAACCAAGGAGACAAAAUCUCAAAAGAAUCUAACUUUACCAAGGAAUUAUAAAAUUGAUACAACGUCAUAUGCAUUACCAGAUGUUACCAAUGAUUCCUUUUAUUUUCCAAUUGCAACUGCGUCAAGUGAUUCAGGUAAUAUGUCUCAAUUUACAGUUUCCGAUACUCGCAGUUGCUUAUCUGUACCGGAAUCGAUUGUAAAUGACGAUUCGAGCAAAACAAAUUUAAUAAAUUCGGCUCAAUGGUAUCAGUCUCCCAUGAGACAAACUAGGUAUCAGAAGAAUCUAACUUUACCAAGAAACUAUAAAAUUGAUUCAACACCAAAUAAAACAAAUUCAGACAAACAUGUUACGAAUGGUUUACCUAACAUUCCAUUAUCAAAUGAUUUAGGUGAUCUGCCCCAGUUUACCGAUUCCAAGGUGCAUACAUGCUCAUCAAAGAUGAAUGAUGAUUCAAACACAUCGAUACCUCACUCAGCUCAAUCAUUGCAGUCAUCCAUAUGCCAGUCCAAAUAUCAUAAAAACUUAACCUUGCCAAGGAAUUACAAAACCGAUUCAACACCAAACAAAACAGUUUUAACCAAUGAUAUUACCAAUGAUUCAGGCUAUUUUCAUUCAUUAAAUGUAUCAAAUGAUUCAGAUAUGUCGCAAUUCACCACAUCUGAUGUGCGUAGAUGCUCAUCAAUGUCAGAAUCAGUGAUGAAUGAUUAUUCAAACACAUCUAUACCUUACUCGACUCAAUCAUUGCAGUCAUCCAUAUGCCAGUCAAAAUAUCAUAAGAACCUAACCUUGCCAAGGAACUACAAAAUCGAUGAUUCAACGCCACAUAAAACACUUUUAACCAACCAUAUUACUAACGACUCGGAUUAUUUUCCAUCAGUAAAUGAACCAAAUGAUUCAGAUAUGUCGCAGUUCACCACAUCUGCUGUGCAUGGAUUCUCAUCAGGGUCGGAAUCAACAAUAAACGUCGAUCAUUCAAACAAAUCAGUUCGACUUUGUUCAGCUGGAUCAGUCCAACGUUUCAAUAGUCAGAAGAAUCUAACUUUGCCAAAGAAUUAUAAAAUUGAAUCAUUACCAGAUAAGCAUUCUCCUCACAGUCAUGGUUUCAAAAAUUUACCUUACUUUCCAUCACCAAAUGUAUCAAAUGAUUUAAAUCACAAUACAAAAUUCGAACUGGAUAAAUCUUCAUUGAUGUCGGGAUCGAUGGAGGAUAAAGAUGCAAGCAAAGCAACUCCUUUCAGUACAUCUAAGUGGCUUCAACCUUCCGUAAAUGGAUAUUUUUAUGAAGCUUUAACUUUGCCAAGAAAUUAUAAAAUAAACUCACUGAUGUCGCUAGUCAACCAUGCAUACCUAGUAGAGAACAAAUCGAAUGAUUCUUCAGGUUCGAUUUCGUCUACGGAAUUUAAAAUGCAUUGAUGUUCCUCAAUAUCUGGUCUUAUGUGGCCCGAUCAUGCUCACUAUGGGAUUUUUUUCUAAGUCAUUUGUUAGAAAACCAGAUCUGCCAACUUUCUACGCUUUUUGAAAAAAUUUCUUCUAGUGAUAGCUAAGUUUAUGCUUACAUUUAAAGCAAUUUUUCAUACCACUACUUGUAUAUUAUUGAAAAACUUAUGAGAAAAGUCACUUUGUUUCAGCAAUCCCGUUUUAAGACUUUGAAAUGCUCGUGGUGAGACGUUACCAAAAGGUCUGCAAGCAUUAGUUUCUAAUUGGCUACCAUUUCAAUAAAAUAUUAUGCAAAAACCGAAGUAGUUGGCAGCACUGGAAAACCCACUAACCAAUCCAAUGCGUCCGAAAUGUAAUGAUGUAUGUUAAUAUCUGGACCCAUGUAUCUUAAUAGUGCACUCCAAACAAUGCUAAUUACAUGAGCAAAACAGAUUUUUUUCCAGCAAACCUGCCUCUCAAAAGAUAACAAUUAUGAAGUGUAAAUUGUAAAAUUUAUUCAAUAUCAGAACUUUUAUUACAUAAUAACACUUCACGUAAAGAUGUAAAUAAGUUAACAGGCCUUUUGUUCCUAUAUACCAAAACUUUGAUAAUUUAAUUUCGGCAAAUCUAACUACAUAUAAAAAUCAAAUGAUGGUGGCGCAAUUUUCCAUUGCUGUCGGCUCAUUUUUAUUGGCUGGAAAAUAAUGUGGCAGGAUCUAGUUUUCCAAAAUUAAUAUUCUUAUUGGUUUGGUUGUUAUCAGCAUAGAAUUGAUAUAAGUCAUAAAGGAUGUUUUCCUAUGUAUAAUUUUUCAUCCCAAAAUUUAAAGGAGUACAGUUAUUAAGAUUUGGAUUUUUUUUUCUGAAUUAGGAAUUUAUAGAUUGUGCGCAUUAUUAUGAUUAUUAGAAUAACGUAAUUCUACGUUAAGUUUUAAGAUAAAGUUAUUUAAAUCAGUGUGUGAUCUAAUUAACCGUUUUACAAUUACUAUUCUUUGGUGCAAAUUACAUUAAUAUACUCUUACGAACUACUGCUAAGGAGAUUCAAUGAAUGAUUUAGAAUUUAACUUUCAGCUUCACGCACAAAGUGAUGAAUGAAAAAAUUAUAUUUAAAAUAUACAUCUGUUCAUUUGGUAAGCAAGAAUAUUAAAUUAUAGCUGUGAACUCACCAAAUUUGUUUUAACAAUAUACUUUUAAUUUUAAAUGUUAUUUAAAAAAAGGAUUACUUAGAAAAAUGAUUUAUGUUCACUUAUAGAUCUUAAUAGUUUUAUAAAGGAAAUAUUUGAACGUGGAAAGUGGAGACAGAAGUGUUUUUUUAGUACAUAUAUUUUUAGUUGAAUAAUUUCAACUGUUUUAUUGCAACAACAAUUACUGUUUUACUGAAACAGCAAUUAUUGAGAAGAAAUCAUCGGGGUUGAUGAGCGUCGGCCAGAAGGGCGCUUAGUCCCCUAGUGUAUAUAACAAAAGUUACCGUACCUUCAUUAACUUUUAAUUUUUUAAGAAUCAAACAUACACUCAUCGCAGUUAAAACCGUUUCUUCCAGGAAAACUCCCUCCUCCAAAAUAAUUUCAAGUAUUAAUUAUGUGAUGAUGUUUGUAUUCUACAACAAAUUUGUUUUCAAUAAUUGAAAAAAAAAAACAAUUUCAUUAAUGCUGUAUAAAAUAUUAAUGUAUUCAUUAUUGUAUU